UGCAGUUGAAACAAGUUUCAAACAACUACAUCGUGUACAUUUUUGUCACGCGAUCCCCUUGUUACUAGAUCUAACAGUCAACACUCCAGUGCAGCUAUGGUUGGUUUUGUACUGUCUGCCGUUUUGUUGCUUCUUGCGCUUGGCAAGGGAGUUAGUGCAGCUUGCGAGGCCUGUCCUAAUUGCGAUACGGAGCGGAUCAGUAUUGAGCAAGGAAAUGCAUGUCUCAAUUACUGGACGUGCUCAGGCGAUACUAUCACCUGCUAUUACCCUUCUGUUGCAAAUCCGGGAACGUUCAAUGGCUGCUCAUACAGUGAAUCGGCUAGUUGGGCACUCGUAUCUGGCCCCAGUGAUAUCUGUCUCUCGGAAGCGGGACUCAACUCGAAAUGUGAACCUGGGAAUGACCCUUACAACGAUAACACAGGCUGCACCGCUUCAUAUGGGCUUGUCAAUGGAACCAACGGUCAACUGCUAUAAAGUAAAUGGAUCGAGUUAAAGAGCCUGGUGCAGCACAGG